AUGACGGCCAUGAACGGCAAGGUAGACGAGUUCGAUGAGGGUUCCGUCGUACGGAAGAAGUACGGCCCCAACGACUACCGGUACGGCGAGCCGGUGUACAAGGGCGAUGCAACUCCGUGCUUCGAAGACGGCCUUCUCUUCCGCAUUGUGGAGAAAAGCAACAACCGCUGGUCCUUUUACAAUGACACCACCCAUACACAGAUGAAUGUGCAGAUCGUGUUUGGCCGCAACUCCUCCCUGCGUGCGCUGGAGAACACAGAGAUGGUGAAGCUGGAGAACGGAUCCUACCGCGCUACUGUGACGGUGUACCCAAUGGAGACGGAGCUGUUUGUGGAGGGGCAGGUAAACGGCUUCACUAGCAGCAUUCGUGCUCUGCCGCUGACGGAGGACUACCUCAAGGACAUGGCUCGUCAGGAUUACGAGUUCAUCAAACAGGAGACGGCGACCUUGUACAACGCUGUGGACAAGAACGCUACGACUGAUAACAUGGUUUGCAAGUGCGUGCAGAGCAAAAUCAAGUUUGUCGACUUUGCCUUCCCGCCGGAGCAGAAGUCGCUGCAGAUCGGCUCUCUCAUGAAACUGAAGGUGCUGGCGUGGGAGCGCCCGGGUAUGUUCCUUUCCGACGAGAACGCCCGGCAGGCGCGCCUGUUUCGCAACGGCGUCCACCCAUCCAACAUCGACGAGGGCGAUUUGGGCGACUCGUGGCUGACGGGCGCGAUGGCAGCGUUGUCUGAGUUCCCGGACAAGAUUCGUGAUAUCUUCCGCCACCCCGAGAGCGUGGAGCAGGGGCAGAAGGAGCGCGAGUGCGGGAUCUACCGUGUGACGUUGAACAAGAACGGCUGGUGGACGAGCUUGAUUGUCGACGACUACCUGCCGGUGGCUGGCGGCCGCCCAAAGUUUGCCCGCUCCAAGGGCGAUCCGGCCGAGCUGUGGCCCUCCAUUCUCCAGAAGGCGUACGCGAAGGUCUUUGGCGGCUACGGCUUCAUCGUCGCUGGAGACCCGCUGCACGCGCUGCAGGACAUGUCCGGAUUCCCGUGCUCCUCCUUUGAUAACGCGUUCGUGGAGAGCACCAUCAACGAGACGUAUGAGCUGUUCGCGCACCUCAAGAACUACAGUGACCUGGGCUACCAGCUUGUGUUCACCACCCCGACCCGCGAAGCCAUCAUGACGGCUCGCGGCGCCAUCAGCUGCGGCUCCCCUGUGCAGGCGGAGCGUGUGUACGAGAGGUCCAGCCUGCUGCUGGGGCACACCUACUCCGUGAUUCGCGUAGGAUACUUCGAGGAGCACGACCUGCGCCUUCUGCAGCUGCGGAACCCGUGGUCGCAGUCCUCCUCGGACUGGAAUGGGCCGUGGAACAAGCGCGACGAGAACUGGAACAAGUACACGGAGGUGGCAGACUACUUCCACUUUGACAGCAGCGAUGACGGCACCUUUUUCAUGGAGUGGACCGACGUGCAGGACUACUUUGUCAGCUGUGGCGUGUGCUUCAUUCAGAGUCCCACGUACGACUACCGCAUCCGCGGCACCUUCUUCCAAAACGUGCCGACGACAUGCCUGGAGAUCUCCGUUACACGUCCGAUGCUUAUCAACAUUAUUCUCUCACAGGAAGACAAGCGUGGCACCGACAAGAGCGAGAACGCCCCCAUCAUGAUUAGUGUGGCGCACGGCAUGGGGGCGAUGACGCCGAUGCGCGUGGACUUGAACAGCGGCUUCGACAACGACCACCCGUCGCCCGAGUACGCAUUCCUGCAGAGUCGUGACGUGAGCAUGUUCUACGAAUUCAAGCCGGAGAACUCGCCGUACCUCGUGGUGCCGCGUGCCAUGAGCCAGUUCGCCAAGCUUCCCUUCACGCUAGGCCUACUGUGCCCGUACGAGAUCGGCAAGGAGACGAGCGAGGUCCGCGUGGCCUUCCGCGCCCUCGCCCCGGAGAACCGCAUCUUCGACAACUUCCAGAAGUUCAACUGCGAGACCGUGGCCACAGAGACGGAGUUCCAGGCAAAAGGCCCGAAGCAGUUUUUCCCUGACAUCUACGUGGGUACGAUCAUCCAGACUUCUGACGACUAA